AUGAGCGAUGUCGCGACGACGUCCGUGGCCUCGACCGCGGGCGCGGCGACCGGGGCGACCGCGCGCGCGCGUCGACCGCGGAAAGAGAGCUUUUGGCGCGAGCACAAGGCGCAACUCUGGGAGCUGGUCCCGUACCUGUGGCCGCGUGGGCGAACGAAGCUGCGGGUGAUGAUGGCGGCGAGCGUGAUUUUCUUGGCGGCGAGUAAGCUGAGUAACGUCGCGGGACCGAUCGCGCUGAAGGCGGCGGUGGAUAGGAUAGCGAAGGGCGACGGGGAUUACUUGGGGCCGGUGUUGAUUUACGGCGCGUUGCGAUUCGGUGGGAACCUGUUCGCGGAGCUGAAAGAUAACUGCUUCGCCUACGUCGCGGCGCACGCGAGUCGGGCGAUUUCGUUGAGGGUGUUCACGCACGUGAUGGAUUUGAGCUUGCGGUUUCACAUCACUCGCAAGACGGGCGCCGUCAUCCGGGCGUGCGCGCGCGGCUCAGAGUCUUUCGCAAACUUGUUGAGGUACAUCUCGUUUCAGAUCGCACCCAUCUUUUUGGAGGUUGGGUUGGUGUGCGCGUACUUGUUCGCGUACUACGAGUGGUACUUCGCGGUCAUCACCGCUGGGGUCAUCGCGGCGUACAUCGGUUUCACCGUUCCGUUCACGGAGUGGCGAAACAAGUUUAGGCGCGAAAUGGUGGCGGCUGACGACGCAUUCAACCAGAAAGCAACAGAUUCAUUGCUCAACUUUGAGACGAUCAAGCUCUUCUGUGCCGAGCCGCACAUAGCGAUGACGUACGACAAGGCGUUACACGAGACACAGCGAGCGACGCUGAGGACGACGCAGUCGCUCGCUGGGCUCAACCUCGGUCAGGCACUCAUAAUCACGGUCGGUAUCUCCGCCUCGCUCGCUCUCGCAGCUAAGCGCGUGGUCGCAGGUGAGAUGACGGUCGGUGACUUUGUGUUGGUGAACACGUACAUUUUGCAGUUGUACGUUCCGCUCAACUUUUUGGGCACGUACUAUCGCAUGAUCAAGCAGUGUAUGGUUGACGUCGAAUCCAUGUUCAAGCUCUUGAACGAAAACAAAGAGGUUGAAGAUGCCCCGGAAUCCAAAGAACUCGUGCUCAACUCCAAAGCGGACGCGCGCAUCGAAUUCGAAAAGGUUACGUUUGCGUACAACCCCGCAGAGCGGCUCAUUCUCAAUCACGUUUCGUUCACCGUCGAACCCGGGGCCAAGGUUGCCCUCGUUGGCAGAUCUGGUGCGGGUAAGAGUACCAUCAGCAAACUCAUCUACCGUCUGUACGAUAUUCAGGGCGGGGUGAUUCGAAUUGCGGGCCAAGACGUGACGAAGUGUACACAGCGUAGCGUGCGUCUGCACAUCGGCAUAGUUCCACAAGACUGCGUCUUAUUCAACGACACCAUCGAGUACAAUAUCGGGUUCGGUAAGCUCGGGACUGGUGAAGUUGCGACGAGGGACGAAGUCAUGGCCGCCGCUGAGCACGCGCAAUUCAACAGCUUUGUGUCGAAGCAGCCCCAGGGAUACGAGACGCUUGUCGGCGAGCGCGGCUUACGUCUCAGCGGUGGUGAGAAGCAGCGCGUCGCCAUCGCACGAGCUCUAUUGAAAAAUCCUCCAAUUAUGGUGUAUGACGAAGCUACUUCCAGCUUGGACACGCACACGGAGAAGCAAAUCAUGGCGGCGAUUAAUUUUGCCGCGCAGGGGAGGACUAACCUCGUGAUUGCGCACCGCUUGAGCACCAUCAUGGAUAGCGACCAAAUUUUGGUUCUUAAGGAGGGCGAAGUGGUCGAGAGAGGCGAGCACACAGAUCUCCUCGCGAAGCCAGGGGGGCUUUAUAAGGACAUGUGGGAUCAGCAGCUGAAUGCGAGGAACACGAAGGCGGAUAGAAUCGGCUCUGCGGCGUCGUUGAACGCAUGA